AUGACCACCAAGGAUAAGACCCAAACAAUCUCAACAAAGGUUAACGACCCAGACAGAGACGACAAAGGUGUGUCAAUUAACGACCCAGACAGAGACGACAAAGGUGUGUCAAUUAACGACCCAGACAGAGACGACAAAAGUGUAUCAAUUAACGACCCAGACAGAGACGACAAAGGUGUGUCAAUUAACGACCCAGGCAGAGACGACAAAGGUGUAUCAAUUAACGACCCAGACGAAGACGACAAAGGUGUGUCAAUUAACGACCCAGACAGAGACGACAAAGGUGUAUCAAUUAACGACCCAGACAGAGACGACAAAGGUGUAUCAAUUAACGACCCAGACAGAGACGACAAAGGUGUAUCAAUUAACGACCCAGACAGAGACAACAAAGGUGUGUCAAUUAACGACCCAGACAGAGACGACAAAGGUGUGUCAAUUAACGACCCAGACAGAGACAACAAAGGUGUAUCAAUUAGCGACCCAGACAGAGACGACAAAGGUGUAUCAAUUAACGACCCAGACAGAGACGACAAAGGUGUAUCAAUUAACGACCCAGACAGAGACGACAAAGGUGUGUCAAUUAACGACCCAGACAGAGACGACAAAGGUGUAUCAAUUAACGACCCAGACAGAGACGACAAAGGUGUGUCAAUUAACGACCCAGACAGAGACGACAAAGGUGUAUCAAUGAGCUCGAGGAAGACCGUAAAUUAA